UGCACUAAAAUGGCUUGUAAUCACCCACAAGAUCGGCAUAAUGUAUCAAAUAAAAUGGAAAAAAGUAUUAAACAAGCGAUUAAUUUGAAUAUUGUUAUGUUUCUUUCGUUGAUGAGAUUAUCAGGGACGCAAAAGGUGGUGAUCGAGAUGGGUCUUUUUGAACUGAUUACACUACAUACAGUGUUAGCGCUCGACAUUAGUGACAUUGGUUGCAGUCCUCCGUGGGAGCAGGUGUACCAAUCAUGUGUACGCUUUAUGAAAUCGAAACCGUACCAUAACUGGCAUGAGGCUCGCAGUUCGUGUAGAAGUAUAAAUGCCGACUUAUUAAGCAUCACUGACGAGCAAAAAAGUAUAGAAAUAGAUCUUUGGCUUACAAACCAUACGGAGAGUACUGAACCAUUGAAAUGGUGGAUCGGUUUGCGAGCUGUUCGCGAUACUUGGCGAUGGGUAGAUAAUAACGAGAUUUUUAGUAUGUGGCCAAAUACUGGCGCAGUUAACAAGUGUGGACUUUUGGACUACCAGGGAAUAAUAUCCAGGGCAGAUUGCAUUACUGAACGAAUAGAUCUACUAUACAUUUGUGAAAUUAAAAAAAUCACAACGACAAAAAUAACAUCUGCAUCAACAAUUACUCAAACAACAAAACCGAUGAUUGAAGCUGUUGCAAUUGCGUUUACAAGAAUAACAUGGAGGACAAAAACAACAUCAUCAUCAGCAACAAUAAAGACGAUGACAGAAACAACGAAAGAAAUAACCAUUGAAACCACAUCAGACCUGCUUUCGGGAGACACGUGCAAGUGUAAUGUUGUGAUGUAUGUAUCCAUACCUGUUACUGUUGGCAUCGUUGGAAUUAUCGCAGUUGUCAUUCUCUUCGUAUGGAAGCGUGCAGGCCGAAUACACAAAAACACAUCAAGAAAAGAUGCCGAUAACGAGGUGGAACUAUCACACGUCAGUGUGCGCAUUUACGACCAAUGUCUUGCUCCACAAGAGGCAUCUAAUCAAGGCAAUAGCAACUACAUAACACCAGUCGCGAGCAUUUUUGACAGACGUCCUGGAAAUGCAGAAUAUUUAAACAAAAAACAAGAGAGCAGUGCUGAUAGCAGAGACAAAGAUGUUACUGCUCAAAGUGUAAACUUGAACAUGUUUACAACUGCACAUAACGCUGAACGUGCAGAAUAUAAUUACCAGCAACUGGAUAGAGAAGAAACCACGGGAAAACAUGUGUAUCAUACUGUGGAAAGGCACGUGUACCACACUGUGGAAUGAUUCGUGGACGACUCUGUGACAAUAAUACGUGUACCGCAAGGUAAACGAUGAAUAGUACUGAUUACAAUUCUUGCAACAAAGGAUUUUUUUUCAACAUAUUUAUACUUUUAACGUUGACUGUGCAGAGAAAGUCGUCAACGAACUCGAAAGGACAUUAAACGACAUCCUGUUUUAAACAGUGAUUAUUCGGAUCAUUUGUCUUAACUCAAUUUUGCUAUAGAUAAAUUUCUUAAUUAUGGCUUUACUCAAAUUAUUCUCAAAUGGCACUGUUUUGUUUAUAAACUAUAGUUACUACAAUGGCGUAUAA